UGGACUCCAGAAGUUCUGUAAAUCUUCGUGGGAUUCUUAUGCUGAGCAGUGUGGACAGACCAGUUCAAAAGAAACAGCAACAAACACGAAGGGCUGUUAGCCCUGAAGAGCUCCAGAGACUGGUGGCCAACAAUCAGCAGUAGUGUUGACCUAUGGUGUCCAGCACAAGCUGGCAUGAGAUGGUGGCAGCAACAGAGAUCUAGCACCAGUUGUGUCAAUGGUUGGCAUCCAGCAUUUCUGGCGACAUCUGGACUGCUAGCCAAGCUGUGCUUGGCUGAUUCAUGAUUUCCAUCUGAAUUGAGCACAAGAACCCUAGCCUGAUUGGCAACAUCUGGAGUUGCUGGGCAGCCAAAUGCUCCAUUGCACCUGGCAAAUGAGUGCUCUUAGUGAUGAUCGUAUUUUGAAGAUGCAGGACAGCCUCUGUGGAAGUAAUUUCUCAUGAAAAGUUGGGGUUGGGGUUGGGAGUGUCCGAAUCAGAGCGGUUUGGGCUCUGAGGACCUGAGACCCAACUAACAUGACUUAGUACAAAGGGAUUUGUUUACUCAAGUAACAGGAAGUCCAGUCAGAGAGCAGCCUCCAGGUUUUCCAAGUGCAGAGGGUCAACAAUGCCACCAAAUAUUCAUCUUUCAGGUUACCAGUCCUCAGACCACCAGGCCUCACAGUCACAGGACGGCUACCUGAGCUCCAGACAUCACAGACAGGUCCAACAGUGACCUUGAAACAGAAACAUGGUCUCUUUGGAGAAGCAGACACAAGAAAGUCAUGCCCAGAGACUCCUUGUGAGUCUCCACAGCCUCACUCCUAAAGCAACCCUGGAGUGGUUGUACCCUUUGAGCUAAGACCUCCCGGAUGAACCCUGAACCCCAAGAUGGGGCCUGUUAGUAAGGAUGUGGGCUGGGGCUGGGCUACUGUGCUGCCACUCCAUCCUGCAAUGGCUGGGCUUGGAAUGCCACUGUGUGGCAUGUGGCCAGGGAAUUCUGUUGCCAUGGUGACCACAGACACUGGGUGUGCAGGGAGCGAGACUGCAGGUUGGGAGGGACCCGGCACAUGGGGGAACGAUGGCAAAGUUUGCGCCAAACACACCUUGUCCCUGAGGCUGGGGGCCGAUCAGAAGAGGAGCCGGAGAAUGGGGAGCAGCACGGCCAGCAGAACACUGAGGCCAUGCCGGGGCCCAGGGACCCGGAGGAGGAGGCUUCCCUGUGGGAAGUGGCCGGGGAGUGGCACCUGGGGGCCCUGGAUCCCAAGGAGGUGCUCGUGGAGCCUGAGCUGGCUCUGGACCAGGACUUGGAGGCGGACAUUACCAUGAGCCGGCUGUCUGUCACCAAGAGGCGCCCCAACACCCCCACAGCCAGGGGCAGGAGGAGGCAGCGGCUGCAGGAGCUUGCAAAGCCCAAGACCGAUUGGUGGGUGGUCAGGGACAGGCUGGGGUACUGCUGCAAGGGCUUCGUCUGGAUCUUCUCACGCAGGAACGACUUGCCCUUCUGCCUCUAUUGGCCUUCCGUGUACUGGACCAAGCGCUUUCUUGAGGAUACCACCCUGAGUGUCACGGUGCCCGCUGUGUCCCUCCGCUUGGAGGAGCUGGCGCGGCCCCGGAGGCUCUACCUGGAGUAUUUCAACAGCUGCAGCUUCCCCUGUCCCAGGAACGGGUGCAGAGCAAAACCCUGGCAUGCACAGGGCCUGCCGUUUCCCCACUCUCGGUUGGGCUGGCUCUCAACUGUGGCCACUCCAAGGGCCUCUCCCCUCUGGCCUGUCCCCCGGCCCACCCUGGAGUACUGCGUGUCUGGACGGCUGAAGGAGCUGGCCACCCCACGGGUUCGCAAUAACAUCUGGAGCAUCAACAUGUCCGAGGUGUCACGGGUGUCAAGGGCAGCCCAGAUGGCCGUCCCCAGUUCACGGAUCCUUCAGCUGGCCAAGCCCAGGGCCCCAGCCACGCUGUCGGCAGAGUGGGACCCUAUGCCCAAACCCAAGCCCUAUGUGUCAGACUACAGCCGCCUGCUCCAGCUGGCCUUGCCUAAGGCCCAGUCAGAAAAGUGUGUUCCUGACCGCAGUCCUCGCUGGGAGGUGCUGGACAUCACCAAGAAGGCUGUGGCCAGUCCGAGGAUUGUGUCCCUGGCCCAGCCCAGAGUCCGCAAGGGCCUCAGUGAGGGCUACAACCCCUCCUACAUCUCCCCAGCCUCCCUGGUGGCUCGGGCAUCCCCGCGUCUGUAUGAGCUUGCCACCCCCAAAAGCAUCACCAAGAAAGUGUGAGCGGGCACCUGGCCUGCCAGCAUGCUUCCAGUAAACAACCAAGUGCAUCUGCCUGUGUACGUGUUUGCUCUGGGCUCCGAGGCCGGGGAGGGCCAUGCAGGGGGCUGUGGGCU